AUGGCCGCGGUGGGCAGGAUCAGCUUCACCGUGCGGAGCCUUUUGGAUUUACCCGAGCCCGAAGGCGACGGCCCCAAGGAGUCGGCCGAGCGCUACGGCGGCUCCCCGUACCGGGAGUGGAUGGAAAGCGACAGGAGCCACUACCUCUCUUCCGACGAGAGCGGCCCCGAGACCCGAUCGCGCCCCGCUGCUGCCGCGGCUCAGGCCGAGGAGGAGGAGGAAGAGGAGAAGAAGAAGAAGCGGCGGGUGCUGUUCUCCAAGGCCCAGACGCUGGCGCUAGAGCGGCGCUUCCGGCAGCAGCGCUACCUGUCGGCACCCGAGCGCGAGCAGCUGGCCCAAGUGCUGCGCCUGACGCCCACCCAGGUCAAGAUCUGGUUCCAGAACCACCGCUACAAGAUGAAGCGGGCCAAGGGCGGCGGGCCGGCCGCGCCCGGGGAGGCGCCGCUGCUGCGCAGGGUGGUGGUGCCGGUGCUGGUGCGGGACGGCAAGGCGUGCCAAGGCUGCCGCGGCCCGGCGGCGCAGGACCCGCAGAGCGCGCUCGGCCUGCAGCGCUACCCGGCCUUCCCUCCUGCCGCUUCCCUGAGCUUCUUCCCAGCAUACCAGCACUUAUCGCCGCCGGCCCUGGUCUCCUGGAACUGGGGCUGA